AUGCUCCAAUAUGCCCCAAUUUUGGCAAUUCUGCCAGUCGUGCUUGCAUUGCCAGCGCCGACUCCAGCUCCGACUCCAGUAGCCAUUGCACAUCCUAUGGUGACGCCUCGAGCGUCUCUCACUGACCGAACCCCGACGAAAGUUCAGGAACGGGACAUUAUCGACUCCAUUACGGGAUUGGGAGACUAUAUUGGGAGCUUGGUUGGAUCAUUUCCUUCCUAUGUUGCCAGCGGUGUCCCUCAGUUCUUCCAGGACUUGCCAACUGGAACUGCAGUACAAAGCAGUCUGUCACUUAGCGACAACGACCUGGAUGCACUUCCGACCCAAGUCUUGAAUAUCCCCUCCUACGCCAACUGGACAACUCAAGGAUGGAAUCUCCGCUUUCGAGGAAAUGUUUUCAAACAACCCAAUAUUUCCACGGAAAAGUUGAACGACCUAGCAAAUAUCUUCUUAAUAGGAACAGAUAUCGACUCCCUCCAACCAUCCGAACAAGACCAAGCUCGAAAUCUCACUGCCGAAAUCUUCGUUGUACAGCAGGGUGAUCGCAAUGUGUCUUUCAACAUCGAGCCAGCGUCUUCGCAAGGUGUGGAUGGAACGAACACCGGGAGCAAUGCUGAGACUCCAGGAGGUGGAAGUCAAGACAUCACUUUAGUCGGCGAAACCACUGCUCAGGGAGAUUACGAUCAGUUCCUGCUUCUGGCGAACGUAUCUGGACCAGGAGGAUAUUUGAAACCUGGAAACGAAACCCUUCGACCUCAACGAUUGAAUGUAUAUGCCAAUGGCACGCUGACUGGAAAUGCGACAUCAUACCUGGUACCUUCAACGGGAUAUACUAUUAUUUCCGACAUUGAUGACAUUCUCCGAGUAACAAAGAUCUAUGAUCCAAAGGAAGGUUUACUCAAUUCCUUCGCACGAGCAUUUACACCGUGGAUGAAUAUGCCCGAGAUCUACGCCAAUUGGAGUCAGAGCAUCCCGGAUUUCCACUUCCACUAUCUGACAACCACACCCGAGCAAGUCACCCGCAACUACAUGGAUUUCAUCUACAAAACUUACCCGGGAGGAUCUUUUGAUACCCGUCCUUUGAACUUCUCGGAUAUCUCUGCCACCCUCAGCAUCCGUAAAUACCUCCUCACGAAAGUCUUCGAGACCUUCCCAACGCGAAAAUUCAUUCUCGUAGCCGACACCUCCAACUCCGACGUCAUGAAAGACUAUCCCCUGAUGGCUAGCACCUUCAAAAAUCAAGUCGCCUGUAUCUUCCUCCGCAACACGUCUGCCACCGAUUCAAGCGAUAAAUUCCCUUACGAUACCUCUGGAUUCGAGGGCCUAGACAACAGUACAUACAUGUUCUUCAACGUGCCAGAUGAUCUCAAGGGCUUGGAUAUCAUGAACGGACAGUGUGUUAAUAACACCAUCAAACAAGAUGUUACGUUCAGCACCCAGGGAUUGCCGUUUGGAUUGAGUAAGAAGAGUGCUGCUGCGAGCCUGAGCAUUUGGAGUUCUGUGGGCUUGGUUACGCUGGGAUCGGCGGUAUUUGGAUUGUUGGUUUGA